AUGCUAGAACCGAUGAACUCAAAUUCUAACAAUAUGAAUGGGUCAUCCACACUACAACAACAACCUCCUAUGAUACCUAAAAUCGCUUCAACGCCUGUCACUACCGUUAAAGCUACGUCCACUAGCCUACAUGUUCCAACCAAGGAAAAGAAAAUCAGAAAACCUUCAAAUAAGGUAACAAAGGCAUGUGAUAAUUGUAGAAGACGAAAAAUUAAGUGUACUGGGAAAACUCCCUGUGCUACAUGUGAAGCUUAUCAAUGUCUUUGCAUUUAUUCUACUCAAAGAGGUAGGAAAAAUGGAAAUUCUAACAAUAGCAAUAAUAGUACUAGCAAUAAUAAUAAUAGUAAUAACGAAAAUACCAAUGUCAUAAAUAACAUUGAAAAUUCAAAAAUGCCGGGAUACAAGAGCCUUUCACCAAUCGUCUUAAACGAAUUACAAAAUAAUCUCAAACUGAAACAGAAUACUAAGAACAAAAAUAAUAUUCCUGGUAAGGGUAUACCAAAUUCAAGAACAUGUAAUCCUUAUAUUACUCAGCAGUUCGUUUCAAACGAUGAAAUGCCUCUACCAGUAAUGACAUUAGUAGACGGUGAUCCUGGUCCAUAUGAAGAUGAUAAAAAAUUUCAAAAUCAAUUAAUUACAUUACAAUCAGUACAAUCCCAAUUGGAAUUAAUGGGUCCAUCCAUUUCUCCAGAAAUAGAUCAAUCUAUUAAAAAUAUUAAUAUUCAAAUUAAAAAUUUAAUCGAAAAUUGGAAUCCUGAAAUAAAUUUCGAUAAAUUAAAUACAAUCCCCAAUAAUGAUUUAUGGUCUGUGGAAACUCAUUUAAUGAAAAACAAAUACACAGAUCAAGUUCAUUUAAAUAAUUUCUCCAUAUGGUCAGAUUCACAAAUGAAAGGGAAAGAACGUGGUACAGUAGCAUUCUCCAAAGAACCAUUAAUAGAUGAAAUAUUCGGUCUAUAUUCACCAUAUCAAGCUUUCUCUAUCCAAGGUAUCGGUUAUUGUUUCCGUACUUACUUAAAACCAAAACAAUUAGAACCUUCACUAUCAACACACACAAAAGAAACUUUAUAUAUUGUACUAAGAUUAUUUGAUAUGUCUUUUCAUCAAAUAAAUGAAAAUUGUAUAUCAAUCGCAAGUCCCUUAGAAAGUUAUCUAAGAAGAAGAAGUUUAAUGCCAUCUCCAAUGACCCCAUUAUCAGCAGCAAGCACCUAUAAUAAUAACACAACGUCCUCAGUGGGGAGUCCCAAUACCGCCACAGAAAAAUCAUUAGUAGCAAUAUUAAUCAAUAGAUUACCACAACCGUUUGUUCAAAACAUGACAUCAUUAACAAAUAAUCAUUUGUUAAACACGAUGAAUGAUGAUUUCGCAAUGUUCAAAUUGAUCUUGAAAAUGUGUGAAGCUCAUAGAAAUGGGUUUGAAAAAUUAAUGAUGAAUAGUAUCCCAGGUCAAACUCCUCCUGCAAGGUUUACGCAAAUGAAACCAGAUGCCUUGGAAUCGUAUUCAUGCUUUUGUGAAGAAGAGGAAAUUCUUUUGGCUUUGGCUUAUAGUUAUUACAAUUCUACUUUGUAUCAUAUCAUGCAGAGUGGUGAUGUGUUGGUGUAUUUAGAAUUAUUGGUAUCAUUAUUAGAACAUCAGCUAUGGUCUUCGGAAUUCUAUGGGUUUGAAAAAGUUACUUGUGUUGCCGUCAAUCAUGCAAUGAGGUUGGGGUUACCAAGGUGGGAAUAUUACGUUGGAUUAGAUGAAGCCACUGCUGAAAGAAGAAGAAGAAUUUGGUGGAAGCUUUAUUGUUUUGAAAAAAUUAUUAUUUUGGAAACAGGGACUAAUUUAUUUAUCGAUGAAAGAAAAAUGAAUUGUUUAUUGACAAGUGAUUUUAGAGAAGCAGGAUUCUUAAAUUCGGUUGAAUUUAUUGAAAAAGUUGAUAAGAUUCCAAGAUCAAAAGUUUUCGAUAAAAUGAAUAUUAAAGAACUUAAAUCUUAUGGAGAAUGUGCUAUGCUUCAAAUUGCCAGUAAUUUGUACUCGGAACUUUUAUAUAAUGAAAGGUACACGUCCAUCAAGAAUAUAUCAAAGCCAGAAUAUAUUAAAGAAAUUUACAUGAAUGAAAUCAUUGAAGAAGUGGAAAAAUUCAAGAGAAGAUUAGAAGCUGUUAAAUCUCAUACAUCAUUUUUAUUCAAUCUCUCUGUGGCUAAUACAAACACCGGCGCCGCUGCUCUCGCUGAUAAAAUUGAGGCAUGUUCAUUUGUUCAACGUUUUGAGGAUAUUAAGUGUUCGAUGUUAGGGGCUGUUGAUGUUUUAGUAACAAGGCUGUCUUCUUCACAUCCCUCUUUGAGAGUGAUAUCUAUAGGAAGUAAAAUUUUGGCUGAAAUAUAUUCGAGUUGGCGAACUCUUACAGGCCUAUUGCUGGCUGUCGAUAACGACUUUUAUACUUGUACUUCGAUACAGAGAUAUGGUGCAGCCUCAGUAUUGUUGUUGACAAGUCGAUAUUUUACAGGGAAUCAUAUUACUUUGAAUGAUUUAUUCAAUAUGGUGCAUAUCUUCAAGAGAUGUAAUACAUGUGUUGCUGCAACUCAAAGCAAUAAUGGCUUUACACAAAGUAACACCAUUAGAGCGCAAAGAAUGACUGUGUCAUUUGUCGCAAUCCUUUGUCGUAUCAUCAUAUUGAGAUAUCUACAAGAAACAGAGAUUUCAAGAGAAGAAUUAUUUACUGCAUUUGAAGGACAAUCCUCAGAUUUAGCGGUUAUUGCACAAAUGAUAUUGGAUGCUAAAUCGAAAGUCUACAGUUUCCUGCUGGAACCAGUUCAAAAAUCAGGCUUUCAUUUAACGUUAAAGAAAAUAUUAGAUUAUGACUUAGAGAAUCCACAAAAACGUAGAAAUAGUAAGAAGAAUUAUAACGCAGCAUCUAAGACAAAAACUACAAGGGCAAAUUCAAACUCAAAUAUGCCUAUACAUAACCUUCUUAACGGUACAACUGGUGCUAAUAUUACAGGCCCACCUUUAUCACAACAGCAACAGCUGCAAGAUCAGCAACAACUAUCUUCUCCACAACAGCUGCAGAAACAGCAACAAAUACACCAACAAAAUUUUUGUGGUAUGAGUACUCCUGAGGCAUUACCGUCUAUCAAAUCAUUAACGAAUGCGAAUGCGGGAAAUAUUUCAUCUUUCCCAUCGUACCCAAAUACUCAACCACCAUCACAAUUGGACGCUAUUUCUGAAAACGAUAACUCUGAAUUGAUGAAUUUAAUGGGAAAUAACUGUGGGGCAGCAUUUAAUCUUGGUACAUUGGAUGAAUUCGUUAACAAUGCCGACAUUGAUGAUUUAUAUAAUGUUUUGUGGGGUGAUUUGUAUACAGAUGCAGUCUUAUGA